AUGUCUUCUCAUCACCCUAGUCCUACCCCUAUUGAAUCAAAUAUUUAUGAGAAUGAUUAUGAGUUACACCGAAUGAAAAGUAGCUCUCGUUCAAUUGGCAUGGAUGACAAUGAUUUCACUAAUGAUCAGAGAUGGAUUAUAUUGAGAAGGCUAUAUGUUGAUACUUUGCAAUCUUUGGAUGAAUUGCCGCCAGAAAUCUUGUUUAUUCUCGAAAAGACAAAUGAAAUACUGGUUGAAGAAUCUAUUGAAGUAUUAAGAAGAAGCAUUACAGAACAUUUCACUGAUGUAAAUAUUCCAGAGGAGGAUUUGUUAUUUUGGAGGAAACUUGUUACCAUAAUUGAUUCUCAAAAGACGUCAAUAACAAAUUUGAACCCUGAAGGAAGUACUGAAAAAACGACUGAUAUAACAUCGCCAGCAGAAUUUCCAGAAAUAAUUGAAGUUAAUUCUCAAAAUCAUGUAAUUACAGAUUGGGAAAUUCAAACUAGGUUGGAAGCGGUAUUGAUUUCAUAUUGGUCUCCAUAUCCUGAAGUUAGAUCUGUAACAUUUCCAUAUGACGAUCCUAGUAUACCAAUUGAAACCUUCAGAGUAUAUUUAAUCGCAAUCUUUUGGACUUCUGUUGGGGCAGUAAUUAAUCAGUUUUUCUCAGAAAGAAGGCCAGCUAUUACUCUUGCAAUGUCUGUUGUUCAGGUUUUUUUGUACCCAUCUGGAGUUAUUUGUGAAUGGAUCUUGCCAAAAUGGAAAUUCAAUGUUUGGAAGUACACCAUUGAUUUGAAUCCUGGUCCAUACACAUAUAAGGAACAAAUGUUGGCAACUAUUUUCUGUGGUGUUACUGGUGGUAGUACAUCCUAUGUGGCAUGGAACAUACUCAUGCAAAAAUCAGAUAAAUUCUAUAAUAAUGAAUGGGUUGAUUGGGGAUACCAGGUGUUGUUGAUCUUGUCAACAAAUUUUCUUGGAAUUGGUCUUGCAGGAAUAAUGAGGAAAUUUGCCGUUUAUCCAGUUAAAGCCGUAUGGCCAACAAUAUUGCCAUCUUUAGCAUUGAAUAAAACAUUGUUAACUACUUCAAAAAAUGAAAUCACAAAUGGAUGGAAAAUUUCAAGCUACAAGUUCUUUUUCGUAACAUUUGCCGUAUCGUUUGUUUAUUUUUGGAUUCCUGACUACUUGUUUCAAGCACUUUCUACAUUCAAUUGGAUAACAUGGAUCCAACCAAAUAACCAAAACCUUGCAGUGAUUACUGGAUCCAUUGGUGGUUUAGGUUUGAAUCCCAUCUCUACAUUUGACUGGAAUUAUAUGAGUGCUUUAAACCAACCAUUGCAAGUUCCCUUUUUCAACUCAGUAAAUAAUAUGAUUGGAAUGGGUGUGGCAUUCAUUGCUAUUCUUGGUAUUUGGUAUUCCAAUUACAAAUGGACAGGCUAUCUUCCAAUUAAUGAUAAUGGUCUUUAUUCAAACACUGGUGAUCCAUAUUCUGUAACAUCAAUUGUCAAUGAACAAAGUUUAUUUGAUCAAGAGAAAUACAAUCAGGUGGGUCCUCCAUUCUAUACUGCCGGUAAUUUGGUGGUCUAUGGUGCCUUUUUUGCUCUCUAUCCAUUCCAUAUUGUCUAUGAACUUGGGGUGAAUUAUCGAGAAAUUCUUGAUUCUUUUAAAUCACUUGGACGAGUUGCCAAAAGUUUCAAAAAGUCAAAUUAUGAUGGAUUAGAUGAUCCUCACGGUGUAUACCCUGAAGUUUCAGAAUGGGCAUAUUUUUCAAUAGUGGUGAUGUCGUUGGUGUUGGCCAUUAUCUGUGUAAAGAUUUAUCCAGCACAAACACCAGUGUGGGGUAUAUUUUUUGCUCUAGGUAUAAAUGUGUUAUUUUUGGUGCCAUUGACUAGUAUUUAUGCAAGAACGGGAUUUUCAUUUGGGUUGAAUGUUUUAGUUGAAUUGAUUGUGGGGUAUACUAUACCAGGGAAUGGAUUAGCAUUGGCAUUUAUCAAAGCAUUGGGGUAUAAUAUUGAUGGACAAGCUGAGUCAUUUAUAAAUGGAUUGAAGCAAGGUCAUUACGCCAAACUACCUCCACGAGCUGUCUUUAGAGCACAAGUAUUAUCGAUUUUCAUUGCUUCAUUUAUACAGUUAGGCGUUCUAAAUUUUCAACUAAAUGGUGGAAUAAGAGAUUAUUGUAGCCCAACCAAUGCUCAAAAGUUUACCUGUCCUAAUGGCAGAACAUUCUAUUCAGCUUCUGUUUUGUGGGGAGUUAUUGGACCCAAGAAAGUCUUCACUGGGUUGUAUCCUAUCUUACAAUGGUGUUUCCUAAUUGGGUUCUUAUUGGCUUUCCCGUGUAUUGUGAUGAAAAAGUAUGCUCCCAGAAAGUAUAUGAAAUAUUUCGAGCCAUCGGUGAUUAUUGGUGGAUGUUUACAUUAUGCACCUUAUAAUUUGUCUUACUAUAUUCCUGGCUUUUAUGUUGCGUUUGUUUUUAUGCAUUACGUUCGAAAGAGAUAUGAAGCUUGGUGGCAGAAGUAUAACUAUAUUUUAUCAACUGGAUUAAAUGCCGGGAUAGCAUUCAGUUCAAUCAUUAUAUUUUUCACUGUAAUGUAUUAUCCAAAACCAAUAAACUGGUGGGGAAAUACAAUUUCCAAUAUGGGAUUUGAUUCCAAAAUGAAGGGGUGGCUCAAUGCUCGUACGGAAGCACCAGAUGGUUAUUUUGGACCCAGAAAAGGGUCAUUUCCGUAG